UUCCCGUUGCCUUUUUUACCUCGCGGGAAACUAUACGAAAGUAGAGAAAACAAAAAGGCAAGAGAAUUUCGGGUGCAUAAUCUGUUUGUUUGGUAGUGUUAUAGCAAAAACAUCGGAGCAAUGUCGCAAUUCAACUACAUCAACGAGCUGAACAACUUCAUAACAAUGGACGGCGAGCUCACAAAAGGACCUGCUCCUCGGUGGCAGAAAAAGCUGGACUUGUCAGCUGCUUCAACAAGUUUCAAUGCUAGUUCGAUGAACACGUCUCGUCAGAAAUUGUCCGCAUCGUUCACCAACAGCCAGCAGGCGGUUCCACCUGGAAUGCUCAGCGGGAAGACUCCGAAUAAGAAACCCGGAGGUUCCGGUAGCAAGACACCCGGCAAAGGAAAAGCACAAACACCAAGUCAGAAACAAGGUGGUGACCGAUUCAUCCCAAACCGCACGACCACGGAUUUCGAUUUGGGUCAUUACAUGGUGAAACAGAAUGAGGCGAAGGCGGAAAACGACGGUGAAGGAAGUGGAGAGGAAAGCCAACCGAGCGGUGGCCAGACAAGCCCUACUAAGAAUGCAGAGCGGAUCAAGAUUCUAUCGGAGGCUGUGAAAGGAUGUGAUAUCAGUAACAAGCGCAUUUUAUCGUACCAGACGAAGGCCCCGGCAGCUCCAGAGGGACACAUGAACCCUCUGAAGGUCGUUUACUCGGUAAAGACACCCAUGUCCACCAAGAGUGGAUCCCGUUUUAUACCGAACGCCCCGGAGCGCAUUCUGGACGCUCCGGAUAUUAUCAAUGACUAUUAUUUGAAUUUGAUGGAUUGGAGUGGUGAUAACGUGGUUGCAGUUGCACUUGGAUCGUCGGUGUAUCUAUGGAACGCAGCCAGUGGCAACAUUGAGGUUCUAUAUGAGAACGAAGGCGGGGAUCAUGCUUGUUCGUUAAGCUGGAUUCAGGAGGGACACAUUCUUGCCGUUGGAACAACGACGGGUACGGUAGAAUUAUGGGAUUGUGAGCAGAUGAAGCGGCUUCGUAUCAUGGAUGGCCACUCCGGUCGUGUAGGAGUACUGGCAUGGAAUUCAUUUGUCGUAUGCUCGGGAAGCAGAGAUGGAGCCAUCGUAAACCAUGAUGUGCGUACUAGAAAUCACAACGUUGCCAUGCUUCGUGGACACAGUCAAGAGGUUUGUGGUCUGAAAUGGUCCACUGAUGGUAAAUAUCUUGCCAGCGGAGGAAACGAUAACUUGGUCAACGUGUGGAGUUCAGCUAACGGAGCUCCACAUACAACCACAGAUCCAUUGCAUUCUUUCAACCAACAUCAAGCAGCGGUUCGUGCAUUGGCCUGGUGUCCUUGGCAGACAAACACUUUAGCCACAGGAGGUGGAACCGCAGACAGGUGUAUCAAGUUCUGGAACGUCAAUAAUGGUCAAAUGCUCAACUCUGUCGACACCAAGUCUCAAGUAUGCGGACUAUUGUUCUCCAAGAAUUAUAAAGAACUGAUUUCGGCACAUGGCUACAUCCACAAUCAGCUAACAGUAUGGAAGUAUCCGUCAAUGAACAAGCAAAUCGAUCUGAUGGGUCAUACUGGACGAGUGCUGCAGAUCGCAAUGUCUCCCGACGGUAGCACCGUGAUGAGUGCGGGUGCCGAUGAAACGUUAAGACUGUGGAACUGUUUCCAGCCAGAUCCUUUGCUUAGUAAAAAGGAGAAAUCCGUCACCCGAGAAAAACCGAGUUUGCUCAAGCAGAGCAUUCGGUGAGUGGUAGGUCCUAGAUUAAUUCCAAUUCAUAGGUUUUUUUUUAUGCAAUGUGUUCUUGUAUUAAUUGACAUUUUUAGCACAUUUUAUUUUGCUGCCAUUCUUUUGUUGUUGUAACGUAGGCAUG